AUGAACGGUGCUCAAUUCACUGAUCGCGCCAACAAGGCCUUGCUGGAUUCCAGCGCUCUGGCCGAACAAUAUGCUCACUCUCAAAUCCUCCCCAUGCACUUGGCAGUGUCCCUGCUCAACCCCUCCCCAGAUGACGGCCAGGACCAACAACAGCCCGCCGGCCACUCCUCACACGAUUCAUCCUCUUCACCUCUCUUCCGGCAGGUCAUAGAACGGGCCCACGGUGAUCCGCAACUUCUCGACCGCUCUUUGAUGAAGAUGUUGGUGCGGCUGCCAAGUCAAGACCCCCCACCAGAGACGGUCGCCGUCUCCCCCGCCCUGGCAAAAGUGAUCCGAUCGGCCACAGAACUGUCCAAAACCCAAAAAGACAGCUUCGUGGCCAUUGACCACCUGAUCCAAGCCGUGAGCCAGGACUCCCAGGUCCAGCGCGGACUGGCCGAUGCCAACAUCCCCAACCUCAAAUUGAUCGACACGGCUGUGCAGCAGAUCCGGGGCACGCGCCGCGUCGACUCCAAGACUGCCGACUCAGAAGGCGAAAAUGAAAACCUCAAGAAAUUUACUAUCGAUAUGACUUCGCUAGCUCGCGAGGGCAAGAUCGACCCCGUCAUCGGACGAGAAGAGGAAAUCCGUCGUGUUAUUCGCAUCCUUAGUCGGCGGACCAAAAACAAUCCUGUCCUCAUCGGCGAACCUGGUGUGGGUAAGACCACCAUCGUCGAGGGUCUGGCCCGUCGGAUCGUCAACGCCGAUAUCCCCGCCAACCUGGCCCAAUGCCGGCUCCUUUCCCUCGAUGUGGGAUCCUUGGUUGCUGGAAGCAAGUACCGUGGCGAGUUCGAAGAACGGAUGAAGGGCGUCCUCAAGGAGAUCGAAGAUUCAAACGACACGAUCGUCUUGUUUGUCGACGAGAUCCACCUGCUGAUGGGCGCCGGGUCGAGCGGUGAAGGCGGCAUGGAUGCUGCAAACCUGCUCAAGCCCAUGCUCGCUCGCGGCCAGCUGCACUGCAUCGGCGCAACCACUCUCGGUGAAUACCGCAAGUAUAUUGAGAAGGACCAAGCUUUCGAGCGACGAUUCCAGCAGGUCCUGGUUAAGGAGCCCACCGUGUCUGAAACCAUCUCGAUCCUCCGUGGUCUGAAGGAGAAGUAUGAAGUCCACCACGGUGUCAACAUUCUCGACGGUGCCAUCGUCACUGCGGCCACCCUGGCCUCGCGCUACCUCACAGCCCGUCGACUGCCUGAUUCCGCCGUGGACCUGGUCGAUGAGGCUGCCGCUGCGGUCCGUGUGACCCGCGAAUCUGAGCCCGAAGCUCUGGAUACCUUGGAACGGAAAUCACGGCAACUCCAGAUUGAAAUCCACGCUCUGGAGCGUGAGCAGGAUGAAGCGUCCAAGACUAGGCUGGAGGCCGCCAAGCAGGAAGCUGCCAACGUCAUCGAGGAGCUGCGCCCGAUGCGCGAGAAGUACGAAAGCGAGAAGCAGCGCAGCAGAGAGGUCCAGGACGCCAAGAUCAAACUCGAUUCGCUCAAGGUAAAGCGGGACGAGGCCGAGCGCAUGGGCGACACUCAGACGGCCGCUGAUCUCGAGUACUACGCCAUUCCCGAAACAAAACAACUCAUCGAACGACUGGAGGCUGACCGCGCCCGGGCUGAUGCGGAACGUCGCGCGCAGCAGGGUGAGGCCGGCGAGGCUCUUCUGGCUGAUGCAGUUGGCCCCGAGCAGAUCAAUGAGAUCGUCGCCCGGUGGACUGGUAUCCCCGUCACACGUCUGAAGACCACUGAGAAGGAUAAGCUUCUUCACAUGGAGAAAUACCUGGGCAAAGUCGUCAUCGGCCAAAAGGAGGCCGUGGUUUCGGUCUCGAAUGCAAUCCGUCUGCAGCGCUCGGGACUCAGCAAUCCCAACUCGCCCCCGAGCUUUUUGUUCUGCGGUCCUUCUGGUACGGGUAAGACGCUGCUCACCAAGGCGCUGGCCGAGUUCCUCUUCGACGAUCCGAAGGCGAUGAUCCGGUUCGACAUGUCCGAAUACCAAGAGCGACACUCGCUCAGCCGAAUGAUCGGCGCACCACCCGGCUACGUCGGCCACGAUGCCGGUGGCCAGCUGACGGAGAGCUUGCGCCGCCGCCCCUUCUCAAUCCUGUUAUUCGACGAAGUCGAGAAGGCUGCUAAAGAGGUUCUUACUGUCCUGCUGCAACUCAUGGACGACGGGCGCAUCACCGACGGCCAAGGCCGCAUCGUCGACGCCAAGAACUGCAUCGUCGUCAUGACUUCCAACCUGGGCGCCGGGUACCUCUCCCGGCCCACCACCAAGGACGGCCACAUCGACGCGCAAACCCGUGAACUGGUCAUGGGCGCCUUGCGCGACUACUUCCUGCCCGAAUUUCUGAACCGGAUCUCCAGCACGGUGAUCUUCAACCGGCUCACCAAGAGGGAAAUCCGAAAGAUCGUCGACCUCCGUCUGUCGGAAGUGCAGAAACGUCUUGAGCACAACGGCCGUAAUGUACUCAUCGACUGCACCGAGGAAGUCAAGGACUACCUUGGCGCCGCGGGAUACUCGCCGGCCUACGGUGCACGCCCUCUGGGCCGUAUCAUUGAGCGCGAGGUCCUCAAUCGUCUCGCGGUGCUGAUGCUGCGCGGCAGCGUCAAGGAUGGUGAGAAGGCUCGCGUAGUUAUGCGCGAUGGCCAUAUCGAUGUCUUGCCUAAUCAUGAGCUGGACUCGAGUGAUGAUGAAGAUUUUGACGAGGAUAUGAUUGAUGAUGAGGAUGCUCUUGCUGAGAUGGAUGAUAAUAGUGGUGACAUGGAUCUCUACGAAGAGUAG